UGUAAUAUGUAACUGCAACAUUUUCGAGGUCAGUUUUCUUAAAAACGUCGGGAAGUAGAUAUCCCUAUAUUAUGUGCUUAUGUACUAGACAUAUUAUAUAUGUUAUUGUACCUAGAGACAAAUAUAUAACAUCGGCAGCAAACAAAUUGGGUGGAUCGGAAUCAAAACAUCAUUUUGAGUACAUCAUUCGGCGCGAAAAGUCGUUUCCAAGUGAUCGAUCCAUUUUUAUUCCUGUGAAAAAUAGACUUAGUUCUUGAUUGUGGCAAUAUGCCGCAGCCUAUUGAAGCCACACAUAUUGUGGUUGAAUGCCAAAAGACGCCAAAUGGAAGAAAAAACAGACAUGUUUGUGUACCAAAGUCAUGGGUUCAAUUGAAAAUGCAUGGCAAUAGAGUUUCAAUAGUGUAUCCUAGUGAAGACAAGACUUGCACGGAACUCAGAGUGAGGAACAUGGAGCCAGCUGAUAAAGACUGGGACUUCUAUAUUGGAGAUAUAAAAGCAGAAAACACAUACGAGUAUUGUUCUGCUUACGUUAAAAGAGAGUCAGGUUGUAAACAGACUAACAACCAAGAUAACGAUAGGAAACGAAAGGAAAGGGAAUCUGAAGAACAACCACAUGUAGAACGAAAGGAAUCACUGAAAGUUCGGAUAAAGCUGCUCAAACCAAGCUCAGAAAAAAAGAGGAAAAAAUCAAGAUCAUCCGACUAUGCAAUCAUUACCGAACCUACGGCUUGCAGUGAAGAAGAACCGGUAAGUGAGGAUAUUGUUGAUGGAGAAGAAAAUAUCUCCCCACAGCCAGCGGAAAGCUUUAACAUGACCACAGAAAUCUCUCCACAGCCACCUGAAACCUCUAACAUGACCACAGAAAUCUCUCCACAGCCACCUGAAACCUCUAACAUGACCACAGAAAUCUCCUCACAGCCAGCUGAAACCUCUAACAUGACUACUGAAUUCUCCUCAUCCUCCACCAGUACUCCUUCAAGUACGGUUAACCAAAGUACCACAGUGCCACAAAAAACCCCAUUUGAAGUUAAAAUGAACGAAAUAAUACAAAGUCUUAUGCCUGACACUACACUACAACAAAUACCAAUGAACACUAACAAUGAAGAAAUAGCUAAGCUCCUAGCAAUGCAAGUAGAAAACAACUCUAAAGCUGCGAACCUAGCUUUUCCAAAAUUGACCCCUGAAGACCGAGCAUGUAUCAUAAAUUUGGAAUCGGAACAUACAAAAACUGUAUACAACAUCAGACUUCUGGUGGAGUUUGUCAAAAUUCUGUGCAAAAAUGUGCUUCAGAAUAAGAAUACAUUAGGCAAGAUGAUCGAGGCCUAUGGGCCUAUAGAAACAGACACAGGUGACCAACAGCAACCAGGAACAUCAAAUGUUGGGAACACUCAAGACGUUGAAAUGCCUGCCGAUCCUAAUAUACCGGUUUCAAGUACACAAAAUACAGGGGAAGAUGCACCGAUGCUGCCAACUUCAACUACAGGAGAACCGAACACUGAUAAAGAAGAGAAUGGAAAAAGAGAAAAGAUUAACUGGAUCCUCAAGCACCCCGAUCCUGGGAAAGACUUAAUAGAGUUAGGUAAACACGCUGGUGUCUAUGUUAGUGCGGACGGUUUGAAAAAAUGCAAAGAGAAAUCGGACAGUGUUGAAUCUUUUGCCAAAUCUUUGUUGUCUGAAGUUUUUACUGAAGAUAAUACUGCUGAAAUUGAAGGUAAGAUUAUGAGGCCUCCGAUGUAUUUUCCUGCUAAGAUAGCUUUGGUUAAUUUUGCCAUAGACUACGGACAGCAAGUUGGUUGGAAAGAAAUGGAGUUUGAGUUGAUAUUGCAUAGUUUAAGAGAUGUUUUGCAUGAUGAUUUAGAUUAUCCAGAGAUUUGUGGUAAUAAUGAUCAGCAUUGUACUUGUUGUUUACUUAAACAGUGAAUUUCAACGAUUUUUAUAUAAAUAAUCUUUGCAUAAUGUAAGAAUAAUUUACAGAAAACCAUUUGUUGAUUUCUGACACUUAUGUGAAUUUUAAACAUUUAAACAAUUUUACGGAUUUUAUCGCGAUUAGGUACCUAUAUUAAUAUAAGUUAAUCCCGACGUUUCGGAUCCUUUACAGUAUCCACGGUCACGGGCAGACUACAUUUAAAUAAUAUUAAUAUAACCGCGAUAAAAUCCGUAAAAGCUGCUUUAUUGAAAAAGAAAACCAUUUUUUAAUACGGGUGUAUUUCAACAUAGCUCUUUAUUGAAUAUUUUUCUACAAACAUACAGGUGUUUUAUAAACAUUACUUUUUAUUAAAAUAGCAACGAAUUAAAACAAGACUUUGUAGUAAAAAAAUAUUAUUUUUGAUACUUACUAAUUACUUCACACAAAAGCAUUUAUUAGCCAAAAACUUUCUGAAAUAAGUCCCAUUCUUCCAUUAUAUAAGAUAGGUAUAAACUACAUAGGUACAAGAUACCUCUCUAGGGCCGGUACCAAUAUGGCAUUUUUAUUUUAAAACUUUGACAAUAUUUUUCUAAUUUUUUACUGCAAUUAAUGUUAGGUAAGUACAUAUAAUAUUUAAGAUGUAAGUUUCAGAAUACAUCGCACACUGCAAACUUUUAGUCGGCCGAAAGUUUGUUCGGGCUCAGUAUGAAGAUGAAUAGUAGUACGCACAUUACAAAGAUCAGGUAUUUAGCCGGUAUCAGACCGACUGAAAACUUUGAUUGGAAUCAAGAUUUUCUUUUAAAAUUUUUGCCAUCUAUCGGGCAACUGUCGGCCGACUGUUUAGUCUGCGGGUACUAAGUUUGAUUACCUCGUUAAAUAAGUAAGUGUGCAAUAUUGCAUCAGUCCGGGAUAAAAGUCUAAUCUACUUGAAUUUGACCCGGCGAACUUCAAACCGCCUUAAAUAAUUAAUCGAUAAAAUGUUAUUCCUAUCAUAAUUUUGUUUUUGUAUUAUUUUUGCUAUUAGUGACAGAAUAAUCUAGUGGGUUAAGGAGGUCAGAUAGGCAGUCUGGAAGCCAAACCCAACUUUUGAAAUGACUGGCUUAUGAUAAUGAGGUAAAUUGAAAAAUCUAAGUACAGAUUUAGAAUUUGGGUUUUAAAUUAACAACUUGAGUUACUAAGCUGAUUUUUGUUAAAGAAUUUAAUAUCUAGCUUAGUAAGUUAAUAAUAUAAAAUAUGUGAGUCUCAAACACGCACAAAUUAAUUUUAUCUUAAUCAAUGUCAAGGCUGAUAACCUUUUGUUUGCCAUAUUAUAUUGAAAACGGGAAGUCCGAUUUGUGACUAAUAUGUUUUCGUGGUUUUACAGUAUGACUAAUAUGAAAGAUAGCAACGGAAUAGAGCGGGAAUUGAAAACAAAUUGGUGUCAAACAAUGUGACUGUGUUUUCUAGGGCACUUUGAAAUUUAGGUCCCGACUCAUUUGAACAUCUUUGGCAGUCGUUACGGGUAGUCAGAAGCCAGUCUUAUCCAGGGGUGGCCUGGAUAACUGGGUUGAGGAGGUCAGAUAGGCAGUCGCUCCUUGUAAAGCACUGGUACUCAGCUGCAUCCGGUUAGACUGGAAGCCGACCCCAACAUGGUUGGGAUAAGGCUCGGGAGAUGAUGAUGAAUAAACUAUUACAUAUAUGUAACUAUAGGUUACUUCUAGUGUUAUUUUUAAGCUAUGUGCCAUAUUUUGUAAUAGUACACUGGCGAGCAAUAUUUUUUUGACAUUUAAUUUUAAGUUUUUUAGUUUUAAGAAUUUCUGUUGGAAGAAUUUUGGUAAAAUUAAAAAUUAUUCAAAAUUUUGGCGAUGUUAAAAUGUGUUUCGUAUUUUUUAUGCUCUCAAAUUAAAUUUAUGCGGUGUAACCGUGACUUUAAAAGUUAUUUUUAGAAUUUAUACAUAUACAAGUAUGUGUAAAAAAUUAAAUUUAAAAUUAAAAAUAGUCCAAGUUACCUCUUCUAUAAUAUUAUAGGUAGUGUUUUAACUAAUUAUAAGUUUUUAUGUGCCCAAACAGGGUUACUAAUUGUGUCUAGAUUUAAGAUUAUAUUAUAAAUUAUGCAUUUUUUGUUAUUUAUUAAAAAUACAUUAUGUAUGUAUAUAAAAACUCUUUAAUGGCAAAUAUGUAUGACAGUUUUUGAGCUUUAUUGCCGAAAUGGCUGGACAGAUUUUAAAGGAAAUGUAACCGAAAAAAAAUUGUUAUUAUUAAUUAUCUGCGUCUAGUGUGAACGGGUAGGCAUAUCUAGAUAAAAAGAACCAUAAAUACCUCUUUAGUAAUGGGCUACCUACAAUUAAAAUACUUUUUCUAAUUAGCCCUGAGCCCAGUGCUUCAGAUAAAAUAGACAUAAUUAUGUUUUAUUUAUUUUUCUAUACAGAUUGUUUUUUUUGAACUUUGGCACUAUUUAUCAAUAUUGAUAUUAUUCGAUUAUUAGAUUUUCCCAUAUGUAGGUUUCCUACUGAUUUAUCAAUAAUUUUGUUUGUAUUAUAUGUUGCUUUUUCAUACUUAUUUACUAUAUCAAUUUGUUAGGUACUUAACUAAGGGUAAACAAUCUAUAUAGGACAUUUUACACUCAUACAUACCUACUAAAUUACUGCUUAAAAAAUUUUUCAAUUGAUUAAGUUAUUGUAAUUAAUGUUUUUAGAUCUGAACAUAACCUUUUUUUUAACGAUGUCAAAAAUCAUCAAAUGACCCCUCCCGCUGUGGGUUAGCAGCGGAGAGGGAGUGUCAGACUCUUACUGACUAAAAACCGUCGUGUUCCGUCGUAGGCCUUUUAUGUACCAGGGCCGCGGUAUCUCUUUCGAACAAUCCCACAGCCCCGGCAGUUUGAUCAUAACUCGAAUUUUAUUUUUAAAUACCUAAUAAGAGAUAUUAAUUUUGUUUAUCUUUAGUUAAGUAGGUACCUAUCAAAUGGUGUAUAUUUUUAUUAUUUUAAUGACUUAUCCGAUGUGCUAUUUAAUAAAAAUGGUGAAUUUUUAAAUAUAGAUUAAAAUCUAGUAUUUUUGAUGUUAAUUAAA